GUCUCUAAAGGUAAUUUUCCGAUUUACGAUUCUCCGGCGAAAGAAAAAAAAGAAGAAAGAGAGAAAACGAUGAAGAAGACUCCGGCGAGAUCGAACGAAGCUGGGAAAUCUCAGAAACCUCCAUUCAGACCUGCCGUAGAUGACACCAAACCUGUUCUUCAGGACCCAAUUCUGAGAUCGGAUCCAAUGGAGACAGAAGAAGCUGUGCUGAGAUUGCCUCCUUUCCCAGUGAUCAGGCCAUCUGAAUCGUAGCUGCCCGCGGAUUAACUAGGUCUCUUUUUUUUAUCUCAUCUGUUGACUGUUUUGACAUUUUGAGUUUGUUGGUGAUUGUGAAUGGGGGUGUUGAUGCCUGCUUGAUAAGUUGUAACUAACACUCCCAGAUAUAUUUAAUAAAUGAAGACACAGCUUUAAGAUCAGAAAAGUGAUUCAGUAUUAGAGGCAGCAUAUACAUAUCUGUAGACACACCCACAGUAAAUUUCAAUUGAAGUCUCAAAGCA